AUGGGUGGAAUUUGUUCAAGGAAGAGAGACCAACAGGUUAUUGAGGAUGGUGUAAGAAGAGGGGUCUCUGGAAGGUAUAGUAAAAGUGGAAGUUCAAAAUGGCUGGGGAACUCAUUUGCUCGACCUACUGCUGAUCUUCAGUCAGGAGGCAGUUUCCCAUCUCUCCUGGAAUUAUGCAUCUACAGAAUACGCGAGGACAUCGACAGAUAUAAUUCAUUUUCAAUGCUGCCAAGAGAUACAAGUCAGCAAAUCUUUAAUGAAUUGGUAAUCUCACGUUGUCUUACAGCUGCUUCUCUUGAAACUUUCAGAGACUGUGCUCUUCAGGAUGUCCUUUUGGGUGAAUGUCCUGGAGUAACUGAUACCUGGAUGGAUGUCAUCUCUUCACAAGGUUCAUCUUUGCUUUCUGUUGACCUUUCUGAAUCUGAUGUCACAGAUGCUGGUUUGUCUCUCCUCAAGGAUUGUUCAAACCUCCAAGCAAUUACUCUAAAUUAUUGCAACGACAUUUCUGACCAUGGUCUGAAACAUUUAAGUGGUCUUACAAACAUGACAUCUUUGAGUUUGAAAAAGAGCUAUGCUGUCACUGCUGAAGGGAUGCGUGCCUUUUCUACCUUAAUCAACUUGGAAAAGUUGGACUUGGAGAGGUGUUCUGGGAUUCAUGGUGGACUUAGAUAUGAGCAGUGUAAACUGCAGAAGAACUGUGCAGCACAAGAGAACAAGAAAAAGCAGAAAGCCACUACCAAAUAG